AUGACAGGCCACAAGUGUGUGCGUGCCGAAGAACAAGAGCAAUAUAAAGAACAUCCUUUCUACAUCUCAUAUCCAAGGACAACCCCAAAGCCCAGAGCGAAGCAUGGCCGUGAAAGUACAAGCCAACACGGCCUUAUCAAUUCUCACGGACGAAUCAAGCUACAAACGUUCCCUCUCACGUGGUCUAUUACGGACUCCCUAGACCUCCUCUAUGUGGUAGGGCCUAGAACCGCAUGGCAGGAAAUGACAAGCUACAAGAGCUUCAUUCUACGCGGCCUCAAACAUAAACUGGGCGACUUUGUCUUCGUCGCCAAUGAACAAACUAUAAAACGUCAGAACAUAAACAGUAACCAAGCAACACAAGAUAAUGAGGAAUGGGUAACACGCAUUCUCGAAGUCCGAGCUUUGAAUGCAGACCACGUCUAUGCACGCGUGCACUGGAUGUAUCGGCCAGACGAAAUACCUCCAGGGACGUUAUAUAGAAGUAAGAAGAUCCAAGGUCGUCAAUCAUACCAUGGGGUAGAGAGCUGA